AUGUACCUCAACGCUGUUUGUUUCUAUUCAUUCCUGAUGAUAACAGUUAUUCUCAUCAAUAACAAUAAUGGUCUUUCUGUACCAGCUGGACUUCGUCCAGCUAAAAAAGUUGGUGAUUCAAAAGAGCAAAUUGUACCGGGCAAGCAAUCACAACAAGAAAAUGAUCAACAACUACAACAUGAACAAGAACAACAAGAACAACAAGAACAGGAACAACAACAACAACAUAAUGAAGAACUAAACAUACGACCAACACCAAAGGUACCACCAAAUCUAUCGAUAAGAUCGCGAAUGAUGGCUGCACUAAGUGCAUCAUCACCUGAUGAAUCGAGCAAAGAAAAAAAUUUCUCCAAAAAUGAUACGGACGAUUCUUCGAAACCACCAAUAAUAUUUCCAAAAAACCACAAGAAAACAAUUGCUGGAAAAGCAGCUUCAUCGGGAUCUUCAAAAGGAAAUGCUCGCGUCAUUGUAGCACCACCAGCGGUAGGUUAG